AUGGUGCAACAGAGCGCCGCAACGCCCGUCGACCUGGCGGUGGUCUGUGUUGCGAUGACUGAUCAGGUCGCUGAGGUGAGUACCUCGGUGCUCGCCUCGAUCGAGAAAAGGGACGGCCGUGGCGGGUGGGUGGCGCUCGAACCAGGGGACCAGACCUCCCCCCGUGAGCUCUCGACCGGCACGGCGCAAGGCCUACACGAGAAGCUGCGCGCCGGUGGAUGUUCAAUCAAAAUCUCGGCUGGCGGCUCCGGCGCCAACACCUUGCGAAUGUUCGCUUGGCUCAGCCACGCGAAUAGCUCCUGCUUCCUGUCGGCGGUGGGAACGGACGAGAGCGGCUCCAUAUUCCUCAACGUGCUGCGGGAGGAGGGAUUGGACUCUGUCCUGCCCGUUCGCACGGGUGCAACGGGAGGGGCGCACAUCCUCGUCCCGCCCAACGGAGACCGCAUCAUCGUCUUCGAUGACGACACGGCGCUAAAGAGGCUGGCAACCUCUGCUGACGAGGUGGGCGUUGCGUUCGGGCCUGUGCUUCGCCAGUCUAGGGUGGCCUACCUGACUGGCUGGCUCUGCGCGGUCAUGGGCGGCACCGCUCGCGUCGCCUUUGACCUCGCCGGGGCGAACACUGUCGUUGCCACCAACUUGAGUGCUGAGUUCCUGUGCAAGGGCUCACUCUUCACGGACGGCCUCCUCACGGUCCUCUCCGGCCGCGUCUCGGUCUGCUUUGGGAACGAGAGCGAGUUUGGCGCGCUGGCAGAUUCUUGCGGCUGCGACGAGCCGGCCACCACUGUCCAAACCUUCCCAGCGCGGCCGAUCGAGCCGCAGAGCAUCGUCGACACGACGGGCGCGGGCGACUCCUUCGCUGCGGGCUUUCUCGCCUCCCUCGUCAAGCAGCGGUGCCGGCGGAACUGCGAGGUGGACGUGAAGGCGUGCGCCGAGCUCGGGGCGACCGCCUCAUGGCACACCUUGCAACGGUCCGGCUUUGAUCUUGGGAGCGAUAAUCCGGCUGAGGAGCAUGUAAACCGUGAAUGA